UGUAGAAAAUAAACUGAUACAAAUUACUUAUCGAAGUGAUUUUUUUAAUAUUAUUUAAAGACAUUGAAAAAAAGUUAGUUUUAGAAAAUUGACAAUUAAAAAAAUAAAAUAAACAGGCAGUGUGAACACGUAUAUUGAUAUACCUCAGUUUAUUCUUUUAUAAAUAUAAUUAUACAAAUGGAAUAUAAUCCGUCAUUAACAGCGGCCAAAAUGCAGAAUUUGCAUGACUUAGCAAUGUUGAGAUUUAACUUUUGGCAUAAGCCAUUUUUAUCACCGCCAGUGGCUCAUCAGCCUUUUCCUGCAGGUAUGGAUACAUCUUCAUUCAUUCCAAACCCGAUGGGGUCACCUGCGCUGAUGGUCCUGGCAUCGACAGCUGAAAAUCAUGAGGGAUCUCGAAUGAACGGAGCCCAAAGGUUCGCAAACACAGACAAUAAAGAUGGAACGCCACAGUUCACAGCUCCAAACUAUACCAUGUAUCGUCCUGGCGAACCGUUUUCAACACCCAUUUAUGCUCCCGUGCAUCCAUUUGUUAGGGCUGCCGCAACUGCCGAAAGGUCAGGGGCUCGAAUUAUGCAUCCAGCUGGAAGCAGCGCAUUUAGACCGGUGUCAAAUGAUGGUAUGGACCAGCUGCAUUCAGCGUUUUCACCAGCCAAGCGGGCCAAACCAGAAGACCUGACAACCAAGUCCUCGCAUACAGCAGCCAAUGAUUCAAUUGAAGAUUGCACUGCUGAUGAGCACAGCCGAGAUGAUCGGCCUUCUAGUCUGAGCUCCUUAAACUAUGAGACAAACUCAGAUUCCUACUCAGAGGCCGGGGACAGGGGAACUCCUGACUCCGAGGGUCGAUCACUGAGAAAGCAGCGUAAGAGGGUGGUGCUGGAUGGUCAGGCGCCACAUUGUUCAAUAUGUGAACUUACAUUGCGUCCUGGUGAGGUGGAGUCACACUUACAAUCAGAGAUCGAAAAACUCAACAAACUCUCUGUCAGAAAUGCUCGUAAGUCCAGGGAGUCCACACCACAGGGGCGAAAGAGCCUGGUGACAGUUCCAGGUUGUCGAGGGAAGGAGUCACCAGGGCUGGCUGCUGCCUCUCACGCUAGAUAUGAGAACUAUUUGAGAAUCCAGUGCAAUCGACAAUCCAGGCUCGGAGCCAAGAGUCGAGGUCGUAAGAAGAAAGGGGAGGAGACCGUCUGCCCCGUGUGCAGCAAGAAGGUGACUGGUUCACCAGAGGAACUCAAUGAACAUGUGGAACUCUGCUUGAAAAAACGAGAUGAGGAGGAUGGUGUAGUGGUUGACGUGGAGACAGAAGCAGACGACAGCUAUGAGGAAUACACGUGGGCUGGACAGACACGGAUACGAGCUACCUCCAUGCUGGAUGGCGGAUAUGCAGGCUCAGGGUUCCAGGUGGCAGGGACAAGUCGAGACACUGGUGAUGAAGAUUUGGAUCUCAAUGUGGAUGAUGACGAUUCUGAAAAAUAUGGAAAACCUCAAUACAGUGAGGCUAAUGUGAUUCCGUGUGCGUCUGACGAGCCUGGUGAGGACAGAGAGCGGGAGGCCCUGAGAGGGGCCGUUUUAAGUGCUGCUGACCUAUCAGCCCAGUCCCGACUAGCAGACACGGCUAUCCAAGGAGCCCAUCAUCCUGGUGAAAGGAGCCCGAACAAAGUGAAACUAGAGCUUAUGGAGACUGGAGAGAGUUCAGGGGAGACAAUUGGUGGAUCUGCAGGCCAGAUUAUUACUGCCCUUAGAUAUAAACUGAAGGAAAAGGAUAAAGAAACAUCAUCACAGAAAUGUCUCAUUUGUAUGGAGCCAUACAUCAAGCCUGUAACAUCCACCCAGUGUUGGCACGUGCAUUGUGAGGAGUGCUGGAUGAGAACAAUGGGGGCCAAGAAGCUGUGUCCACAGUGUAACAUGAUAACAUCACCAGCAGAUUUACGGAGAAUCUACCUUUGAUGAACACUGUUAUAAACAUAGCAUUGAAAAUGCUUACAAUUGUCUAUAUGAGAUUUUAGGAUACAGAGUGUCUUGUUAAUUGAAAUGAUGUCAUAUCUAUCAAUGUUGGAGGAUAGCUGACUUGGACUAUUUCAUUUCUGUCAAGAGAUUUCAGAUAGAUGUAUCACAUUUAGAGGAUCUUAAACUGUCUUUUAUUCGGAACAUAAACUAUACUCUAUAUAUGAGAUGCAUUCUCUUGCAUUCUUUUUGUAUUAUCACACUAUAGGUUUUGAACUGUUAUAUGAAGUUAAUAAACUUGAUGGUCAUAUUACAUGUAAAAUGUCCUUCUGUAGAGGUUAUGGGACAAUCUUAACAACACUUGUAUCAUAUGGUCAAACUUUUAAAUUGAUCUUUCCGAGUGGUUAGAAUAUCUAUUUUGAAACAAAUAGAUAUUCUUUUAGUAGAGUUUCUGAAACUAAUUCCUGAUCUAACUGAAAUUCUUGAGCUCUUAUGAUAUUUUGUUGAAUGCUGGUUGACUGGAAUGGUCCAUACAGUUUUCAGUUUUCUAAAGGAUGUGUUUUAUUCCCACUAUGUUGAGUACUUUCUCAAAUGAGUUUACAGUGAAUAACAUAAAAUAAAUGUGCUCCGCCCAUUGCUUUGUUUACAGCUACUCAAUUGACAUGAUGGAUAAUUGGAUGAAGAACUGCUCUUGAAAGCUUCCUUGAUUAACAAGAGAGUAUAUUAAAUUCAAAUCCAUGUGCAUUGGAUUGUCCAAGAUAAUCAUUGGACUAGUAAAUCUCCCCAUUGGUUCAACAGUUAUGAAUAUUUAUAUCGGGGUUGUUUGGCGGCAGAUUAUCAUGUGACCAGUAAAUCUCCCCAUUGGUUCAACAGUUAUGAAUAUUUAUAUUGGGGAUGUUUGGCGGCAGAUUAUCAUGUGACCAGUAAAUCUCCCCAUUGGUUCAACAGUUAAUGAAUAUUUAUAUUGGGGAUGUUUGGCGUCUAGAUUAUCAUGUAACCAGUAAAUCUCCCCAUUGAUUCAACAGUAAUGAAUAUUUAUAUCAGGGUUGUUUGGCGUCUAGAUUAUCAUGUGACCAGUAAAUUUCCCCAUUGUUUUAACAGUCAAGAAUAUUUGUAUCGGGGUAGUUCAGCAUCAUGUCAAUUGCAUGGCUAUUUAUAGAUCAAUUUUAUAAUUAUGUGUUGUUUAGUUUAUUGAUACACAAAAUCAAUAUUAUAAAAUAUAUGUAGGGGAUGAUUUUGAUUAAAUUUUCUUCAAGGUGCACGGAUAUGAAAUGUACAAUAUUUCUGUUUUGAUUGUUAUGUUAUUGAUUUAUUUAUGGUUAUUUAUAAAACCAAAGUAUUGAAUGUUCUUGUCAUACAUGUUAGAGAAUAAUACUGCA